CCGUCACACUGCGGCAAGGAUUCUCCGAGUCGCCCUCUGCCAUGGACUGGGCUCCAUCCCUGCUUCUCUUCUGCGCUCUCUCUGUCUCCUUCACGUGGGCUGCUACCACCGAACCCAAGGACCAUAGCAAGGAAGCAAAAGGAAAGAGGAAAGGAGCGGGUAGGGAUGAGGUCCAGCUGCCGGAGGCCCAGACACCCGGCCCCGACCCCGUGCUGAAGAGGAACGCCAUGAUCUCAGCAGCAGACAGCUCCUACACCCAGUUGGAAGAUUACGAACAGAGCAUCCAGGAGAUGGUGAGCCAGCUGCGGAACAGCUCGGAGCCAGCCGACAGCAAGUGUCAGGUCAACCUGAGGCUCUGGAGGUCCAAUAAGAGGAGUCUGUCUCCGUGGACCUACAGUAUAAACCAUGAUGCAAUGCGGAUCCCAGCAGACAUCCCAGAGGCUCAGUGCCUCUGCACCGGCUGCAUCAACCCCUUCACAAUGCAGGAGGACCGCACCAUCGUCAGCAUCCCUAUCUACAGCAAGCUGCCCGUCCGCCGGCUCCUGUGCCACCCCCCUGAGGGCUCAGGAACCAAGACCCGCAAGAAGAAGAAGAAGAGGUGCCACAAGGAGUACAAGAUGGUCAUGGAGACCAUUGCCGUGGGCUGCACCUGCAUCUUCUGAUGACAAGAGGGUCCUCUCACCCUCAUUCCAUGCUGGCAGCACCAAACCCCCAGCCUCCGUGUAUGGACACCAGCUCUCGUCUGACCAGCGUCCUCCUCUUGCUGGAUCCAUUUGGCAAGGGCCCCAGCCAGUGCCCACCAAGCCUCUCUCGCGAGGGGUGGUCAAGGCACAAGCACAGUGUGUGUGUAGGGGGGGUGGGAAUCUGAAGCAAGGAGGCAGCUGCUUGGACUAGAGAUGGUUUUUGCGUCCACAUAUCCCUAGCUGGCCUCCAGCAUGAGCAACUGCUGUAAGGCCCUGCUCUUUGGGGUGCCACGUGUGCUGUGCUAGCUCUGCAGCUGGGCCCUGGAAGGAAAGCCAUCCUGCAACCCCCUCGCCCCAAGCUAGCUCCUCAAGCAGAAGAAUGUGGGGGAGGGGCGGGGGGAAGAUGGGGAUGUUUGCCAUGCAGGGCUCCACUUCUGCAAGGCUUGGGAGCUGUGAAUGGCAACUGCCACUCCCACUCCCCGUGCCCCUCAAGACAGCACUUCAGCCCCAUUGGCUGCCGCUUGUCACCUGCUUCCCUUGCUCAGCAGCCGCUCAGUUCUGGGCUCCUGUCCGCACACUUGCAUUUGCUGCACUGCCAUUCAGGCUAACUGGUCCACCGAGCCCAAGGGGCUGCCCCUUCUCACAACCAGGCAGCAUGACCAGAAGAGAGGCAACAUUUCAUGGGCAGGUCCCGAACCACCUCAGGCAGAGGCCAGGAGAGGCAGCUGCUCCUGGCCUGAUUUCCCCCUAUAGCUCCCAGCAGCAUCAGCUCAGGAGAUCCAGUCUGUGGCCAGGCUAGCCCUGCACCCACCUCAGGUCUGCAGGGGAGGGCGGGGGUUGUAUUUGAUGGGAGUACAAUGCACUGCAGCUGAUUCCACAACUCUCUGACCUGCCAGGUGUUGGUGAGAGCACAAGCCAGGGCUGCUGUGGGCCACUGCCAGCAGCUGAUCAUUGGGGAGGGGACAUGUCUGCUGAACCUAAGCCCCAGCAGCAGAUGCUGUCUCUGAAAUUCCAGGCUCCCUGGCUCCUGCCACCCCUGUUGGGCUGCACCCAGCUGAGGAACUUGCCUUAUCUCAGUGCCACUGGGAGGGGGCCUGGCCCCACUGGAACACCCGAUAGCAGGGUCCGGGUUGGAGCAGGAAGCCUGGCUGGGUGCCAAGGGCCUAAGGGCUUUUGCUGCCUUCCAAGGGCAGUGUGUGCUAACGAGUGGGAAGCCCACCGUAGAAAUCACCCCUUGGGGAGGGGCAGGACCCCCUGGAGAAGGCUGCCAUGUCCAGCCAUACAUGGAGCAUACUAGCCCCCAGGAGCAGGGCAGGAGAGGUCGAGGAUGGGGUCAGAAGACAGCUGGGAGUGGAAGGGGGUCACAGCAUUGGCCUCUCACCCCAGGUAAGCCUGGUUCAGGUACAGAGCCAGGCAGCACAGGGAAGGGGCUGGUUCCUGGCUGGUCUUUGGGCACUAGACAAGACUGCCCCUCGGCACAGUGGGGGUGUCAAUCCCUCCUCUCCAGGCUGAUCAGAGCCCAUGUCCCCUUUGCCAGCCUCUUCAACGCCCUCUGCAGUAUCCAUCAACAGAACAAUGGCACCAGGCCCUGCUACUGCCCCCUCAAAGAACACAGGGUCUCCUGCAGCUACCCCACCCCUGCUGUUCAGGGAGGGAUACUGAAAAACAGACAAAAUCUGGCUGGCCCUGGUUAAAGUGGCAGCAUCUGCAUGAUGAGCCUGAGCUGGGGUAACCUUCAGCAGCGCCACAGCCCUUCACAGACACUGACCAACUCGGCCUCUCCACCGGUAUUGUGGUACCUAUUGUACACAUGGGGAAAGGCUUGGCCAGUGCCCUGGGCCAGGCAGUCUUGAUACAGAGCACUAGCUCCCUGUUUCUACCGAGGAAAGUAAUUCUCCC